AUGGCGGAUGGGGCACAGGCCAACCCCAAAGUGUUGAGGAAGAAGGUGCUGGUUAGGCACCCCUCCGGGUGGAGGGGCCCAAGUCUCAGGGCCUCUUUUCCUUGGAGAACCUCGAGUGCGAGUGUGGACGUGGCCUCGGCUCCCUGGGUUCCCCGUGGGCGCCGCACGCUCCUGCCCGCGGCCCGCAGCAGCCUGCUUAACCUGAAGUCCAUGGUGGAAACCAUCACAGGGAGGAGUGCCAUCUUGUCCUUCGUGGGCUACGGCUGCUACUGUGGACUAGGAGGGCACGGGCUGCCCAUGGAUGAGGUGGACUGGUGCUGCCACGCCCAUGACUGCUGCUACCAGAAGCUCUUCGACCUGGGCUGCCACCCCUAUGUGGACCACUAUGAAUACACCAUCGAGAACAAUACUUCCAUCACCUGCAGUGAGCUCAACGAGACCGAGUGUGACAAGCAGACCUGUGAGUGUGACAAGAACGUGGUUCUGUGCCUCCGGAACCAGACGUACAAUGAGAAACAUCGCAACUACCUCAACAUCUACUGUCAGGGCCCCACGCCCAACUGCAGCAUCUACGAGCCGCCCCUGGAGGAGGCGGCCUACAGGCACAUCUCCCCCACUCCCCCUGCACCUCCCUAG